GAUGAGUUUCCCUAACAGCAGCCUAACACAGAGAAAGCACAUGGAAAUGAUCCACAUUUAUCAGUGAUCAAGAACAACAUUUCUUAUUGGUUAUUUCUGGUAGAGAAAAACUCUGACGAACAACAGUAACUGUACUGUAAUAUUGAUCCAAAUCACUUUAAGCUGAAUAACAGCAGCAGAACAGAUUGACACGCAAUCUUGUUGGCCAAUAGAGCAACCAAAUGCAAAAGAGACACCACACAUGACAUGAUUUGAUAAUGACACCAUUGCAAGUCCUCCAGAGGACGCUACACAGAUCCAAUACACAGAGUAUCUAACUAUAAAACUAUGUCACGUUUAUCUCUGACAUUGCUUGUGUGUCAAAGUAUCUGGGGAGUGGAUUUGUUAUCAGUAAGCUUAACAUGAUCUGGUCAAAGUGCAUCCUGCAUUGUGUGCUUUUCCUGAACUGGUAAAUCUGCAUCCAUUCAAAUUAACAUUGGAAUAAACUCUGAGAAGGUUGCAGGAAUGACUAAAGAAAAAACUCAGUGGAAGGAGUUUUUAGAGGCAGUAAGUGUUCUGCAAUGGGUCCUAAGCUUUAUCUUCUUAGGAGUGGCUUGUAUUAUCUUGAUGGUGUAUCUGAUGUUCACCUCACUGUGGCCGCUCUCCACUCUGUACUUCAUAUGGAUGGUGAUGGACUGGCACACCCCUGAAAGAGGGGGCAGGAGAACAACAUUCGUGAGGAAGUGGAGGGUAUGGGAGCACUUCAGAGAUUUCUUUCCAGUCAAAUUGGUGAAGACAGCCGAGUUGAAUCCAAACAAGAACUACAUCUUGGGUUGUCACCCUCAUGGUAUCAUGAGUGCUGGAGCCUUUACCUGCUUCAGCACAGAGAGCUGUGGCUUCACUGAGGUGUUUCCGGGCGUGAGAUCCUCCCUGGCGAUACUGGGAGGACUUUUCAGGAUACCACUCUUUAGGGAGUACAUAAUAAGUGCAGGUCUUUAUCCAGUCAGCAAACCGAGCCUUGCCCACCUCCUUUCAAAGAGAGGCAAGGGUAAUGCAGUGGUGAUUGUGAUAGGGGGCGCUGCUGAGUCUCUGGCAUCCUCUCCUGGACUCAACACAGUGGUCAUGAGGCAGAGAAAAGGAUUUGUAAGGGUGGCCCUUGAGUUUGGGGCUGAUCUGGUGCCUGUUUACUCAUUUGGAGAGAAUGAGCUCUUUCAGCAGGUCAUUUUCUCUGAUGGUAGUCUAGGUCGGAGGCUACAGGACCUGUUCAAAAAGAUUAUGGGUUUCGCCCCAUGUCUAUUUGUUGGUGAGCGUUUGGCUUUCAUGCCCUACAGGAUUCCGAUCACCACUGUUGUGGGAAGUCCGAUCUCAGUGCCAAAGUGUGUCAUUCCUACAGAGGAGGAGGUCGACCACUAUCACAGACUUUACAUGGAGGCCUUGUCCAAGUUAUUCCAUGAACACAAGGUCAGCUGUGGACUUUCUGAAAGUCACAAGCUUCAGAUCAUUUAGACAUUUCUCUUCCACACAAACUGUGUAGCUGGUUUUCUUUGCUGCUUUUAGUGUGGCUCAUUACAGUGUGGAUCUGCCCAUGCUGUACGUUCUGCCUGUAUUUGAAAUUAUUUAACAUGGAUGUUAAAUAAUCAUUAAGCUGUGACGCCCAUUGUGUGGGAAUGCUGUUUGAAAAGCAGUGAAAACACUGAUGAUGUCUUAGUAGGCUAUAUUUGUCAUGAACCCACUUAUGGAUUUGUGUAUUUCUAAUACAGAAUAUCUGAAGACGUGUUAUGAAAAGGCACCAUGCGCCAAAUAAAUUAUUUCUUAUGCCAAAA